AGAGAGAGAGAGAGAGAGAGAGAGCUACUAGCCGUGGCAAAGGUCCGAUUUUGAUUGUUUUGCGUUCUGUCUCUCUGGUUCUGGAUCUUCGAACUGGAAGUACGAUCCAAGUCCACCCCAUUUUGUUUCAAAGGUCUGGUUUUUUCCUUUUAGGGCAGCUCCUUCGUGGAUCUGGGCUUUUUGAGAUUUUGUCGUUGUCCCUUUUUUUUUUCUUUUGGAUUUUUUGGAGCUUGAAUUUUUGCCGAUGUCGUUCCCCUGAGAUUUGCUGCAUAAAAGUUCGAUUUUCGGGUUUUUUUUCUUUCGUAUUUUCUUUUAAUUUGGGUAAAACAUGUGGAGUUCUUGAUUCGGGAUCGGUUUUGAUACAUUGUAGGGGUUUGAACUUUCUUCUUUUAUCGAGUCUCAAAGUAGAAAUUUUGGGUUUGGUGGCCGGUGGCUUCCGGACAAGGAGAGCAUUUAAGAUUUUGGAUUAGUUUUACCAAUCUUGGUUUUGAGAAUUUAGGAGUUCGAGGAGCAAGAUCUGCUGCAUUCUGUGGUUUGUUUGCUAUAGCAUUACUUUCGGAGCUUCUACAUUUUGACCUCUAGAUUUUGAGCAAGAGAUUAGGCCUGGAGGAUUGGGGGGUUUUUCUUUUAGGAGAAAUGUGGAUUUGGCGAUUCUAGAUAUCUGGGGAUUAGAAAUCUUUGAGCGAUCUAUCUGGUCUGGUGUUUAUCUUGGUUGGUGUUGGAGAUGAAGGAGAUGAGACGGUUGAGCUGGAUCUCUUUUCUCUUUUCUCUUUCUUUCGGCACCUUCUUAGUUGAUGUUUCUUCUGCUGCAUUCACCCCUGCUGACAACUACCUCCUUGCUUGUGGUUCCUCCCAAAACGUCUCAGUCCAAGGCCAGGUCUUUGUUCCUGAUUCACAGCAGUCUUCAUUUGUUCUAAAAACUUCUGGAGAUGGUACCUUUUCCACCUCCACUUCUGCUCUUCCAUCACCCAUAUAUCAGUCCCUUCGUAUAUUCUCCGAACCGGGCUAUUACAGAUUUGAUAUCCAGCAACCGGGCCGGCACUGGAUCCGCCUCUAUUUCUAUCCUCUUCCAAAUUCUGACCAUGACUUGAGCUCAGCCCCCCUGACGGUUGUCGCGGAUAAGUUUGUUCUCAUGAACAAUUUCACUUUCAAGAAUUCCAACUCUACAUAUCUGUUCAAGGAGUAUUCAGUGAAUGUGACCUCCAAUUUGUUGGGUCUUACCUUUAUUCCAUCAAAUGGCUCUGUUUCAUUUGUGAAUGGGAUCGAAGUCGUCUCGGUUCCUGAUGAAUUGAUCAAUGAUCAGGCUCUGGCUAUACCCAGUGCUCCUUUCAGUGGUCUUUCUGACCUCGGUCUUGAGACCAUGUAUCGCUUGAACAUGGGGGGUCCUUUGCUCACUCCUCAGAAUGACUCGCUUGGGAGAACUUGGCGGACUGAUGGUGAAUACCUCCAUGUUAACAGCUCUGCAGUGAAGGUGUCUGUAGAUCCUGCAACUAUCCAGUAUCCUGAUGUGAUGACUGAAGACAUAGCACCGAAAUGGGUGUAUGCCACUGCAGAAGCAAUGGGAGAUGCGAAUGUAACGGACUUGAAUUUCAACAUCACGUGGAUCUUCACCGUCGACCCGAGCUUCCUUUACUUGAUUCGUUUCCACUUCUGCGAUAUUGUCAGUAAGGCUCUGAACACACUGGUUUUCAAUGUUUAUGUAAAUUCAGACAUUGCUAUUGCAAGCUUGGAUUUAUCAGCUCUAAAAGGUGACCUAUCGGUGCCUUACUACAAGGAUUUUGUUUCGAAUUCAUCAAAUGGUUCAAAUACCAUGUCUGUAAGUGUUGGUCCAGAUACGGUGGCUGAUCUUAGCAAUGCAAUCCUGAAUGGUUUGGAGAUUAUGAAGAUUAGCAAUGAUAUCAAAAGCUUGGAUGGACUCUAUGCCAUUAAAGAUCUUUUGCCUGAGUCACCCUCAAGGAAGAACAAGUUGGGAACUAUAAUUGGGAUAGUUGUGGGAUCUGUAGCUGCUGUUGGGUUAAUGGUCUUGAGCUAUUGCUGUUUCAUGGCUCGCAGAUCAAAAACUAGCCACCGUAGUCACCCAUGGUUACUACUUCCCUUGUAUGGAAACUCUCACACAAUCAGCAAGGUCUCGACAACUUCUCAGAAGAGCGGAACAGCAAGUUGCAUCUCUUUGGCCUCUACAACCCUUGGUCGUGUCUUUAUGUUUCAAGAGAUCAUGGAUGCAACAAAUAAGUUUGAUGAGAGCUUGCUUCUUGGUGUGGGUGGUUUUGGAAAGGUCUACAAGGGGACAUUGGAGGAUGGCACUAAAGUUGCUGUCAAGAGAGGGAACCCAAGGUCUGAGCAAGGGCUGGCUGAAUUCCACACUGAGAUUGAGAUGUUAUCCAAGCUCCGGCAUCGUCACUUGGUCUCACUUAUUGGCUAUUGUGAUGAGCGCUCUGAGAUGAUUUUGGUCUACGAGUACAUGGCAAACGGGCCACUAAGGAGUCAUCUCUAUGGUGCCAACCUUCCAUCCCUCUCAUGGAGACAACGUCUUGAGAUCUGCAUUGGUGCUGCAAGGGGACUGCAUUACCUCCACACUGGUGCAGCCCAGAGCAUAAUCCACCGUGAUGUGAAGACCACAAACAUUCUCUUGGAUGAAAAUUUUGUUGCAAAGGUGGCAGAUUUUGGUCUUUCAAAGACUGGUCCAGCCUUGGAUCAGACCCAUGUGAGUACUGCGGUCAAAGGCAGCUUCGGAUACCUUGAUCCUGAGUACUUCCGGAGGCAGCAGCUAACUGAGAAGUCUGAUGUAUACUCUUUUGGCGUUGUGUUGAUGGAAGUCCUGUGUGCAAGGCCAGCACUCAACCCUGUGCUCCCAAGGGAGCAGGUAAACAUAGCAGAGUGGGCAAUGAGCUGGCAAAAGAAGGGCAUGCUGGAACAUAUUAUGGACCAGGCAUUGGCAGGGAAGAUCAAUCCGGCUUCCCUUAAGAAAUUUGGGGAUACAGCUGAAAAAUGCCUGGCGGAGCAGGGUGUCGACAGGCCAACAAUGGGAGAUGUGUUGUGGAAUCUUGAAUAUGCUCUCCAGCUUGAGGAGACUUCCUCACUUGCUGACCCAGAUGAGAACAGCAUAAAGAGCAUUCCUGGUAUCCUACUACCACGGAUGGAACCUUUUGAUAACAGUGUAAGCACGGUUGAGGCAGCAAACUCGGGUACUGGUACUGAUGAUGACAUCGAAGAUGCUACCACAAGUGCUGUAUUUUCUCAGCUUGUGAAUCCUCGGGGAAGAUGAGAAGAUCAAUCAAAUUGAGAUUGUCUUCAGACAUUAUAGGAUCAUGUAUGUGGAAAAAAAGUGGCCUUCUUGUUAAGUUCAAGAAGGCAUUAUCUUAUAUUUCUUUUAUCCUAAUAUUUGUUCAUGCGUCUUGUUUCAGUUUGUAACAUAUACUAUUUCAUUUUAAGUUAUGCCUCAGUGGCUUUACUUGUUCUACCUAUUUGCAGUUGUAAACUCAAAUGAACUCAGUUUCCCGAUACAGUUCAUUGAGAUCAAUCGGUCUAAAGAAUGCAGUAUCUAUGCCUAUAUUUUUGUA